AUGACCACAUGUGUGACGGUGUGCGUGACCGGCGCCGCCGGGUACUGCGCCUCGUGGCUCGUGAAGCUCCUCCUCUCCCGCGGCUACGCCGUCCACGGCACCGUCCGCGAUCUUGGUGAUAACAAGAAUGCCCAUCUAAGGCGCUUAGAUAAUGCUGCUAGCAACCUCAAGCUUUUCAAGGCUGAUCUCCUUGACUAUGAUGCAAUGGCAUCUGCCAUUUCGGGAUGCCAGGGAGUUUUCCAUGUGGCGACUCCUGUUCCUUCAGGAGAAUUAACCGAUCCAGAGCUACAAAUGUUGGGCCCUGCUGUUACUGGCACCACGAAUGUGCUCAAGGCCGCAUCUGCUGCAAAUGUCCAACGAGUGGUCGUCGUGUCAUCCAUGGUUGCUGUGGAGAUCAACCCCAAAGACUGGCCCAGAGGCAAGAUCAGAGACGAGAAUUGUUGGUCAGACAAAGAAUUCUGUAGGAGCAAUGAGAGCUGGUACCCUGUUGCCAAGAUCGCGGCGGAAGCGGCGGCUCUGGAGUACGGGCGUGAAACCGGGCUCGACGUGGUGACACUGAACCCUGCACUGGUGUUUGGUUCUCUGCUGCAGCCGACCGUCAACGCGAGCAGCCAGUUCCUCAUCUACUUGCUCAAAGGAGGCCCUGAUCAGGUGAGGGACAAGCUCUGGCACAUCGUCGACGUCCGCGACGUUGCCGACGCGCUGCUCCUGCUCUACGAGACGCCGUCGGCUGCAGCAGAGCAUGUACCCUGGGCGCCACACUUCAUCUGCGCGCCACACUUCAUCACCGUCCGGGAACUGUUGCGUUUGCUCAAGAGCAUGUACCCUGGGUACCCAUACAUAUCCGAGGAGAGCAUAUAUGACAUGGAUCACCCUGCUUCGAUGACCUCCGAAAAGCUGGAGAAGCUGGGGUGGAGCCACCGGCCGCUGAGGGACACGAUCGCAGACACCGUCGAGUUCUGCCGGGAGGCAGGGUUUCUGGAGGGCGUGGAUGGUGGUGAUGCGCCCUGCCGCUUCCCACCUCUUUUCAACAAAAUCUAG